UGUUAUAGACUUUGUAGAACUAAUCUCAGAGAUCAUAUUUGCUUACAAAUUUUGUUGAAGUUCGCGCUGAAUUCGCUGAAAAACUGAAACUGCUAUAAACAUAUGCAUAAGGAAAGUUGUUCUUUUGACUUCUUUUGAACUCUACUAUCACGCCUUCAAAUAUUUGCACAACUGUCAAAUUCUCCCGCAAACGGUUGAAAAUCGAGAUAUGAUAUCGCCAAGACUCAAUGAUUUUAAAACUAUGACGGGCAUUUUUUACAAAUGAAUAAAAAGUAAUAUGUACGGGGUGUUAAAUUCUUGCUAAUAUCACAAUCUUUUCUGUGUGUAUCAAAAAUGGGUUCAGUGUGAUAGUUGUAUCUCGAAUUGAGGGAAUUCCCGAACAUUCCGACCUCAAUUAUCGCGGUCUGUGGCAGCGUCUGUGCCUGUCCUAGUUGCGUCCCUUCCGUCAUUGUCAUUCAAGCUUCUUUUCCUUCGUUCGUCCAAUUCGGGUCACCAUUGCUCAAUCCUCCGACUGUUGUGAUAGUCCACUUUAGUUAGUUGGGCCAAGUCAUCACUUUCCAAAAGAGGUCAAAAAUCUUACAUAACACUAACUGCAAGGUCGGUGCAUCAUCACCGACCAGUUCUUGCACGAAAAAGAGGGGACCAAACCAAGAAAUCCGGCAAUCUCGCCGCGAUCCCAUCCCAUAAACAUUAUUAUCAUUCCGAACUCACGUGUAGUUAAGCAUCUCCCUUCUCCACGGAGGUUCAAAGAGACUCUUUACGAAGCAAUUUAACAAUUUGCGUUAUUCGCAGUAGUUAUGCCAGUCUGUCGCCUACGCAACUCGAAAGCCUGCGAUUUUACCGGUUGGAUUUUUCUCAGGAAUCCAAGAACUGUUAGUGCUGCGGUCGCUUCUGUUCCGGCGUUUUUUUUCCGAAUGAGUUUUCAGUGCGGCAUGUGAAUCGAUCAUGAUUUCAUCUAAUUGUGUAAGUGUAUUGUACGGUAUUGACAAUUACAACGGACUCAACAAAUGUGCCCAACGCUAGUUGAGGGAUCGCAUGUGGAAUUUUUUAUGUGGGAAGAAGGCGAAUUCAGAAGGUGCGGAUGGUAAAUGGUUGCCGCCACAGAUAACCACACCACGAAAUCCCUAAAAAUGGACAAUAUGGGUUUCCAAGACUCCACCAACUCCCGCAAACUGGGCCGCUCCGUCAGCGUGAACGCCGAAGUGGAGAGCUUCCCGUUGUACAAAACACACACGUGCCCCUCGGGCCUCCGGUGGCGGCGCCCCCGCGACGACCCGGAGAUCGUCGUCGAGGAGGAGUUCCCCUCCGACGACUUCGAGUACAUGGAAUGCGGCCCUUCGCCGCCCGCCGACCACACGCCCAACAUCUACGAAAGCUUCGAGGAGUUCUCCCGGAGCGAGCUCACAGUGCAGAUCUGCCACGACACGAUCAAGAUGAACCUCCUCGAGCACAUGAAGAUGGCCUCCGGCCGCCACCAACUCCUCGACGACAUCGAGUGCAAAAAAACCACUCAGGACACCCUCACCGAAGCGUUCCAAGGCGCCACCAAGCUGGAAAUCAACAUCGCGUUUUUGUGGGCCGCCUUCAUGAAACGCUGGGAGCUGCUGGAUGGGCUCCUGAAACUGGGGGCCCAACUGCGCUACUACGAGCCCAGUCAGGGGCUCAGCGCUCUGCAUUUGGCCUCGUUCAGUGGGUGCAUCCCCGGGACGCAGUUCCUGCUAGCCCAAGGGUGUGACGUCAACGCGAUUUUCAAGUGUUACACUCCGUUGCAUUGUUCGGCGUUCGGGGACAGUCCCGAAACGGCGAUGAUUUUGUUGAAUAACGGGGCGAAAGUCCAGGCUUUGACCAACAGUCCGAAUAACUGCCACGAGAGUGUGCUACAUUGUGCGGUUAGGGCGAAUGCCAUCGCGUGCGUUCGGUUGUUUACGGCGGAGGGGGCCGAUGUGGGGCAGUUCGAGUUUUCGGGGAUGUCCCCAGUGCAUCUCGCGGCCGAUUUGGGGCACCCACAGUGUCUUAAAAUCAUGCUGGAGGCGAAGGGUGUUAACGUGAACGCCAAAACAAAAGAGAAGGAAUUAACGCCGUUGCAUCUAGCCGCCGAGGGUGGCUAUGUCGAGUGUGUUGAGAUACUUCUGGACAAGGGGGCUGAUGCGAAUAUACGGAACCAUCGGGGGCAGACGCCGCUCCAUCUGGCGGCGCGGGCGCAAGCUUACGAUUGUGUCGAGAUGCUCCUGAGGAAGGGCAACGCCGAUCCGAAUAUCGGUGAUUUCGACAAGAGAACGCCUCUGCAUGCUGCUGUCUGCAAGGCGGCUAGAUCGUACGACAUAAUCGAGAUUCUGGUCAGUUGGGGGGCAGAUGUCAACACCAAAGACCAAUACGGUUACACCCCUCUACACAUAGCCGCCUUGAACGAACUGUCCCAAUGUGUGGAAAUCCUGAUCUAUCACGGGGCCGACGUGACGGCCAAAUCCAAAUUCGGAAUGACGGCGCUUGGUAUCAUCACGCGCAAAACCCCAGCGUCCCUUGCCAUGGUCACCCAUAAACUCGACUCGGCUAUAACCCUCCACCACCACCCCGAAUCCUCCAACCGCGAGGUGGAGUUGCGCCUCGACUUCAGGAGCAUCCUCCAGCAUUGCCACCCCCGGGAGAUCAGCUUCCUCAAUACGUUCGUCGACGAAGGCCAGAAGGAGAUUCUCUUGCACCCGCUCUGCUCCGCGUUUCUCUACCUCAAAUGGGAGAAGAUCCGCAAGUACUACAUCGCCCGCAUGUUGUUUUGUUUCAUCUUCGUUCUGAGUUUGUCUCUUUACGUGUUGACGGCUCUGGCCCACAAUUGCUACAACCAUGGUAAAAACAUGAACGAUACCCAGCCGCAGAACGUGAUCGAGUUGUGCGAGAAGAAGUCCAUGAUGGGCCACAUGUUGCGGACUAAUCCGUUCGUUAUCGAAAUGCAGUGGUUCGUGCUGGUGGGCAUCACCUGUUGCGAGAUCCUGAGGAAGGUGUACGGGAUCGCGGGCUAUCCCACUGUCAAGCAGUACCUCUCGCACCCCGAGAAUAUAAUCGAGUGGACUGUUGUUGUUAGUGUUUUUGUUAUUUCUUUCAUCUACACCGGGAGAACGUACACUUGGCAGAACCACAUUGGGGCGUUUGCCGUGUUGUUCGGUUGGACCAAUCUCAUGCUGAUGAUUGGCCAGUUGCCAGUGUUCGGCUCCUACGUUGCUAUGUAUACGAGAGUACAAGGAGAAUUUGCCAAAUUACUAUUAGCCUACUCGUGUUUAUUGAUAGGUUUUACGAUAAGUUUUUGUGUGAUCUUCCCGGACUCGUCCACGUUCGCCAAUCCCUUCAUCGGCCUUAUCACCGUCCUUGUGAUGAUGACGGGCGAACUGAACCUGGACCUGCUGGUUGACGACGACCCGGAGGACCCCCCUUUCCUCUUAGAAAUAAGUGCGCAAGUCACCUACAUCCUCUUCCUCCUGUUUGUCACUGUUAUUUUAAUGAACCUGCUGGUGGGUAUCGCCGUCCACGAUAUACAAGGCUUGCAGAAAACGGCCGGCUUGUCCAAGCUGGUCCGUCAGACCAAAUUGAUUUCGUACAUGGAGUUGGCGCUGUUUAACGGCUAUUUGCCGAGAUAUCUCCUCAAUUUGCUGCAUUGGACGGCUUUGGUGUCCCCGAAGGCGUACAGGGUUGUCCUGAAUGUGAAGCCACUGAAUCCGAGGGAGAAACGCCUCCCGAGGGAUAUACUAAAAGCGGCGCAUGAAAUCGCCAAAAAGAGAAAACACUACGCACAUACGAUUUCCUCACAUGGUAGUAACGCUACUACUAGGAAAAUUAUUAACAAUAAUAUGGACCAGAAUAGUGAGAUUUUGGAAUAUCCAAGUGCCUUUCCUCUACUUCAAAGUAAAAUUGAGAAAAGUACCGAGCAAAUUGAACAUUUAAGUAAAGAGGUUAGGGAGUUGAAGAUUGCUCUUCAAAACAACCAGAAGAUUAUGGAACAGUUGUUGCAUGGCUUAGUGAAUACGAAGAAUAGCUCAAAUUGUUAGAAAUGUACAGACUGUGAUGUAUUUUAUAUCAGAUUUUAAUUUAAUGAUAUGAGUAAAUAUACGUAAAAGAUGUUAUUUAUGUUAUUCUUUAUUUUAGAGAUUAAAUUUUAUCUUGCCAUUAAGCAAUGUGUGAUAUUAGUGAAAUAGUGGUUGUGAGAUUAAUUUUGUUAUACAAAUAGUGUCUCGUAUUGUCAUACUUAGUUUUACAAUGCUUCGUAUCACAGUAUUAUACUUCAAGUGCCUUCUACUGACAAUAACAGUAUAUUUUACACCUUCAAUAAAGUGGCUUGUGAAGUAGCUUAUCUUUUUAAA